AUGCCAGUCCUUCGUGCUGCCUUUUGGAGAGGAGGCGUAUGCAACGCCCUCAUCUUCCACAAAGCUGACCUUCCCGAAAAUCGCGCAUCAUGGCAACCAAUUUUUGCUGCCGCCAUGGGCUCACCCGACCCAUACGGCAGACAACUGAGCGGCAUGGGUGGCGGAGUGUCGUCGCUCUCUAAAAUAUGCAUCGUAUCCCCAUCCACAAGACAGGAUGCUGAUGUUGACUUCGAAUUCGUCCAAGUAGUCAUCAAAGAUGGCCAGCUCGACCUGGCGAGCAACUGCGGCAACAUGACUGCUGCGAUCGGCCCAUUUUCGAUUGAUAAUGGCUUGGUAAAGAAACCAAUAAGAACGGGAUCGAGUCCGGGUCCUACAUCCUGUACUAUUCGCAUAUUCAACACCAAUACACGAAAGGUGAUUCACUCCACGUUUUCAGUCUCCGGACAUCCCUUGAAAUUCCAUCCAGGAGGGGCAUAUGAGAUGGCGGGCGUUGCAGGUACCGCUUCCAGAAUCUGCCUGUCUUUCAUCUCUCCAGGAGGAACCCAAACAGAUGAUACGCUUCCUACAGGUAGUAGCACUACCAUUUUGGACACAAGAGACGAACAGGGAUCGAGAAUACACGCCACUUUAAUCGACCUUGCCAAUCCAGGAGUUCACGUCGAUGGCCGGGUGCUUGGACUGGACUCUAGCACGACUCCACCAGAUCUCGACAAGCUACACUAUAAAAUGGCAUUAUUGGAGAAGAUUCGCAGGGAGGGUGCGGAAAAAAUGGGGUUGGAUCCGGACAUCGCGAGCGUACCUAAAAUUGUCAUUGUUUUACCGCCAACAGCAGAGGCAGCUUCAAAGGGCAUACAUAUACAAUGUCUCGUUCUCUCGAUGGGGCAAACACAUAAAGCAAUUCCGCUGACCCUAGCAUUGAAUCUGGGAGCGGCAUAUAAUAACUUUAUUAUUAGUAAGCUUUAA